UCCUUGGUGGCUCAGUGUACAGUGUUCCCGCCCUACUACAGGAGUACCACCAAGUUCCUGACCAAACGAGGAAGUCUUCUGCUGCUCACUGGCGCCAAAAACCAAUUGUACUGCGGAGUGAGGGGACGAGGAGGUGAAUGAGAAAAUCUAUGCCACCUACCUGUUGGCGAGAGCUACCUGUACUCAACUGUUGACGAGGGCCACCUGUACUCAACUGUUGACGAGGGCCACCUGUACUCAACUGUUGACGAGGGCCACCUGUACUCAACUGUUGACGAGGGCCACCUGUACUCACCCUGUAGAAGAAAUAUAUAUAUAUAAAGAUGAGUGGGGAGGAUCAACCGACACUGGUUCAAAGCGCCCUGGCUGGUGAAGUUGCUGGGGUAAGCACGGCGUUGGAGACGGGCACUGUGGUCGAUGAUGUGGAGGACGGUAGGACGGCUCUCCACAACGCCGCCAACGAGGGCCACCUUGACGUGGUGAAGGUCCUGCUCUACUGGAAGGCAGACAUCAACAAGAGAAGCAGAUUCGUGGAUGACAACCGGGGAACGGCGCUCCACCUUCUUGGAAAAACGGACACACGGAGAUCCUGGAACUAUUGUUGUCUUCAGGUGCUGAAAAAGAAGCGCUUGAUGACAAAGGGCGACGGGCGACACACAGGGCAGCCUCGAGGGGUCAACUGGAGUCCCUAGAGGUGUUACACAGAUACGGGUGUGACCUCAACCCUCGAGACAACGGAAAAGCGACGCCCAUCCACCACGCUGCCUUCUUCGGCGACUUCGACCUUGUGAAGUGGUUGGUGGAACACGGGGUUUAUAGUGCUCAAGGACAAGAACGGACGCCUGCCUAAGGACGUGGCCAAGAAAUACGGCCACAACGACGUGCACCGGUACCUGAAGGAGAGUAACACUAAGAGGGGCGGUAUGUUUGGGGGCACCAAGGCUCGCAGGAGUAUGAUAGAGACAUCCAACCGCCAGAGGGCUGCCCGUGACGGCUCUAGGUCAAGACCUGGAUCCGUGGCUAUUAGUGAACCCCUGAGGAGGUCACAGGGACCUGAGCCCGCCCUUAGGACUCAGCUAUCGAUGGACCUGAUGGACUCCAGCCAGUCUCAAGGGGACAUGCCGUCACUGGACGACACUUCUCUGGUGUCUACACUGAAGCCAUCACUCCAGAACGCUAGAGUGGCCUCAGAGCCGUCCUUAACGCCCCCUGACUCACCCACCCGACACAUGAUGGACGCCAAGGUGGAGCCUCGGAAGCGGACCUGGAGUCUGAGGUCAGCUAAAGGCAGGAGCAGCCUCAAGUCUAUGGUAGAUGAUCUCGCAGAAAUCAAGGGAAGACAAGACGAGGAACUCGAAUACAGGGCUGAAGAAAUAACCCAACUCAAGAACCAGCUAAGUCGUCUGGAGAAUGAGAAGAGCCAAAUGGAGGACAAAGUGAAACAGAUGAGAGUUCACAUCGACCAGCAACAGCAUCAGCUGGUGGACAGUGUGGCCCUUCAGGAGCAGCUGCAGACACUGGCCCUCGAGAAUGACCAAUACCAGACCAGCAGUAGGCAGAAGGCCAGCAUGGAAGCGGAAUUAGUGGAACGGGACGCCCUGAACAAGCAUACCAUUGAGGCACUGACGAAGGAGGUGGAGCGACUAUCACAUCAACUGUCCAGCACCGAGGAGAAGCUGCAACAGAGUCAGGAGGCAAUUGUCAGCGUAGCACAACAAGACACCUCUGCUGCCUCCAAGAUUGAGUCCCUCACGACGGAAGUGGAGCACCUAACCUAUAUGCUGAACGACGCGGGAGAGAAGGCCAUUAGAGCCCAGGAAAAACUGGAGCAGAAAAUAGCAGCACUGAAAAAAGAGAAUGAACUUCAAAAAAAUACUGUCACUGUGUUGACUGAGAGGUUGGGAGAAGCUGAGGAAAAUGAUUUCAGCCUCCAACAGUUGCAGGAGGAGAAGCUGGUACAACUGAACCAACUGGUGGAGCAAGAUAAAGACAACCAGCUGACCAUCACCUCCCUCAACACUAAGAUACAAACGUUGGUGGAGCAGAAUAACUCCAACGACUCGAUGAUCAACUCUCUCAAUGCCAAGAUACAGGAGUGGGAAGACCAAGACAAUGCCAGCCAACUCACCAUCGCCUCCCUGAACGCUAAGGUGCAACAGCUGACUCACUCAAUCAACGACCAGGACCACAAGACCCUCGCCUACCAUAAACAGCAACAUGCCAAGAUAGAGGAACUGACAGAGAAGGAUGAAUCUUACCAGAAGACCAUCUCAGCCCUCACCAGGAAUGUUGACCAGCUGUCCCUCAAGCUGAAAGAGAACCAGGAAAAUCUCGUGUGGUAUCAGAGUCAACUACAAGAGGUCGGUGAUCGAGAAGCAAAGGCCCAGAACACCAUCGCUGGGCUGAGGGGGGAGGCGGACACCCUCAACCAGAGGCUGGAGGAAGUACAACAUUCCAAGACGCCCCUCACCCAGUAUGAGCGGGGUGGUACAGUGGUCGCCCUGCAGAAGAGAGAGGCAGCCAACAAGCAGACUAUCAAAGCCCUAGAAAACAGACUUCAACACUUAACUCAGAAGAUGACAGACAGCGAGCAAGCUUCUCUCCGUGUCCAGAGAGAGCAAUUGGAGACGAUCGCUUCCCUCAAGACACAAAUGGAUCAGCUGAGACAAUAUGGCACUGGUUCACCCAACUUACUACAGAAACAACAAGAGGAGAUAAUCCAGAAACAGAAGGAGGAGAGCCUGAAGAAAGACCUUAUUGUAGAGACGCUCAACAAAAAGGUCGAACAUUAUUCAGCUGAACUCCAGAAAAAUUAUGCAAAUUUCAGCAGUUGGCAAGCUCAGCAGCAGGAAAAGGACAAUGAGAUGCAACAGCAUGAAGCAGAGAGUCAACAGACCAUCAAUAAACUGAGACAGCAGUUGAACCAACUCACACACCAGCGGGCCAAUGGUCAGGUGAGUCAUCAUCAACAGCAGCAGCGACAGAUGAGACAGCAAGAACAGAGCGCCUCCACAUACAGCAGCCUCCCACACCAGCUCAACCACUUGCCAUACAUGGACAGAAACACAACCUUCACUAAAUAAACAAUCUGAUGACUCUAUGAUGACAUAACAACCUAAGUGCACACUUUAUGGUAUUUUGUCUGGUCUUUCUAUGCCAAGUUCAGGAAAAUAUGGCAAAAGUCAUAGAAAGCUUGUGGAAAUUUAAUGAAUAUAUAUUGAAUAAAGUGAGACUUGCAGAAAAACUUAUCGUGGAGCAAUUCAAGCAGCAACAACUGUUUGAAUAAGGAUACAGCAGGCAAAAGUUAAGUACCAAAACAAUCACUGGUCCAACACAAGGCCCUCAACUACAAUACUAACUAAUUUGGAAUAACUUGACCUAAUGACUGACUGACACAUGCGGAGUGAUCACAAUAUCUCCCUAAUGAGCAUAACAGCAGAGCAAGUUGGAAAAAGGUUGUCACUGAGUAAGUGAGUCAUUGACCCUCGUGUUUGCCAGCUGAGUAAAGUCUCAUAUUCUACACAGCAUCUUGUCCCUUCAGCUUAAAUAAGUGGUGAUUGCUUUUCUUUUUCAGUAUGAUGAACAAACAAAAGAAUAGAAUUCUUGAGACGACUGAACAUCUCAGGUGUUGCCUCAGAGUCUUAAGAAAGUACUCAGUGAAGGAGGUUUCAUGUAUGUGUGUGUAGGUUGUCAACCUCAAGGACCAGAGGGUUUAACACCUAAUAAGGAAGGUGAUAUUAUCGUUUAUGUGGAGUUCCAGGUGGUUUUGUUUUUUAUGUUGUUAUGUUGUAGUCUCAUAUGGAACAAAGCAUUAGAUAUUACAGGAAGAUAAUUCAGCAGACAAAAUUUAAAUUGUCUUCUAGAGGCGAACAAAAUUUAUACAAGUUUGUAUCAAGCAAAGCUGACGCUGGAAUAGACUAAAUAUUCUCUUUCACUAUAUACCAACAUUUUACAAGAACCUCAGACAACCAUUAAGUCGCUGCCUCGGAUAAUUGUACAGCAGAUGGUAAAAUAGGUGAAACCAGCCAGCUAAGGAUGGUUCAUGAAACAGUUUAUUCUCUUUCAAGAUUUUAAUAUUUUCUCUUUCCUUGGUACAACAGGACAGCUCCUUUCUGUGAGGAAAAGAGACUUGUCACUUUGGCAGCCUAUAUUAUUUACCAUGAUAUAACAGGGGCAUGAGUAGAGUUGAAGAUCGCUUAAUUCCAUAAAAACAGCCAAGCAUCUCCCAGAUAAUAACGAGCUUUGAUUAGAGAUAUUUUCAUUGUCAAAUUCGUCAACAAUUCUAAGGUUUUUUUUAUAUUUUUAUUAUUUGGUACAGUACUGUACUGUCAUUAUCAGUAGUUAAUGGGGGCUUAUGAAUCAAUUCAUCAGUACAGAAGAGUAAUUCAUUAGCAGUUGGCACAGCUUAUAGCAAAAUAUAAUUCAGUUAUGACACAAGUGAUAACUCUCACUUAUGGGGGAAAGUGAUUUUGAUACUGGAAACUCAGUUUACUCCAAUAAUCAGGUGUCAUUUGUUUUACUUCAGCAUUUGACCAUGUAUGAGAACCUGUAAUGUACUCAGGUAAAUCAGUGUAAACAAAUUUCACAUGUGAGCACCAUUUGCAAAUAGCCUAUAUACAUGUGAUACUUGUGCCGGCCCUAAUAACAUCACAACUCUCUUACCCUGACCAUUAGGACUGAUGCCCAUUUAGGAUUAGUGCCCAUUAGGAUGGGUCCCCAUUUUUUUUCUUUCUUUUUUUUUCUUUUUACGGGGAAUAGCCCACCCAGGCAUAGGUCAUUGACCCACAACGGGGCGUAGGGAGACGAAAAAAUAA